UAGAAAAUGUGCGAAAAUCAUAAUCCUACCCUCUCCUACCCCUUCCCUGUUACCUCGCACGAUCCCGCUCGCCAUCGCCUGUCGGCCGCCACCACACACCGCUUGCCCCUUGAGUAGUCCAGUCGCCACUACCCUUCUAUCGCCUUCUCCGUGAUUCUCAACAUCCGUAUCCACUUAGCCACUUGUAUCGUCCCUUUUCUGGAACAAUCAAGAAGCCGAUUCCCUCUCUUACAGCAGGAAGUUCGAGUCUUGCCAUUACAUCAACAUCGACUAGCAGUCUUUUUCUGCACUGUUCUUGUGAAAACUCUCCUUUUAUGUUCUCCAGCGGCCCCUGGUUGCCCGAUUACAUCGUCGAUCGGCUGGGAGGUGUUCUUCUUCCACCUUCAGCGGUCUAUUCGUGGUUGUUUCUAAAAAUUGCUGCAAAUAAGAACUUAGGAUUGAGUUUGAUGCAUGGAUUCACACUUGGCAUGAGACUGCAAUACAAUGGUUGUUAGUCCACGUCACUCCUGGACACAACAUUGGUUUACAUACUGCAACCUCAACUCCAACUUCAGCCAGUCGGUGCACAACCAGUUCCAUCGAGGUUUCACCUACAAAAAUGUGGAAUCUUUCCCGGAUAUCAUUCAAUAAUGUGCAGAAAUCUACGAGACAUUCCUAUGCGAUUCCCUUAACCAUCUUCUCUCUGCAGAAUGACUCUUGCUUCAUGCGAGGGUUUUACACCCUCAAUUCACAAGAGAGUGGAGGUUUAAUUCUGCCUGAGUUGUUAAGAAACAAGAGUCUUCUUUCGCCAGAUUGUGCCACAGCUGCCAAGGUAAUGGGCCAUGACUCGAGGGUUCACUUCAAGGUAUGUGAAAAGAAUUAUAGUGUAACUGCCAAUUCUGAACCAUUUGAUGUGGCCAUCAUUGGUGGUGGAAUGGUUGGACUGGCCCUUGCAAGUGCCCUGUCAAGUACACCUUUUACGAAGCAUUUAAAUGUUGCCAUUGUUGAUCCAAAUCCAGCAUUGGGUGGGAGUAGCUACUACAUUAAAAAUGAGAUACCCGGCUCAAGGGUUAGCACAGUUACUCCUGCAACCAUUUCAUUUCUUAGAGAUAUUGGUGCUUGGGAGCAUGUUAAACACCAAAGGCAUGCUUUUUUUGAUCAAAUGCAGGUAUGGGAUUAUACCGGUUUGGGUUAUACAAGAUACUGUUCCAGAGAUGUAGGAAAAGAAUAUCUUGGUUGUGUGGUGGAAAACAAGGUCCUUUGCAACUCUCUUUUGUUAUCUUUACAGCAGGAAAAGGACUUUAAAAAGACAAUCAUCCCUGCCAAACUAACCUCAAUGACUGUCUCAUCAAGAAGCUCAUCUUCUGGAGUAUCCAGUGGUCAGUCAAAUACACUGGACAAGUCUAGAACCAAUAAUUCGGAAGAAACUGCAGAACCGAUGCAUCUGCAAAGUUUAGUUAGACUGGAGCUGAGUGAUGGGCAGCACAUUUAUUCAAAGUUGGUGGUUGGAGCUGAUGGAGCAAAGUCCCGUGUUAGGGAGAUGGCAGGAAUUAAAACAACUGGGUGGGACUAUUCACAAAGUGGACUUAUAUGUACAGUUGAGCACACUGGGGAAAACCAUUGUGCGUGGCAAAGAUUCCUUCCAUCUGGUCCAAUUGCACUUUUGCCUAUCGGGGACAAUUUUAGUAAUAUAGUGUGGACAAUGAGCUCUAAUGAGGCAAAUCGGCACAAAUUGAUGUCUGAGGAUGAUUUUGUAAAAGCUGUGAACUAUGCAUUAGAUUGUGGUUAUGGUCCGCAUCCACAAUCAAACUUUCUUGAUAAUUACAUUGGGAGAUUGCCAUGGGGAUCAGGGACAACAUCAAUAAAAGAAAGCUUUCAGGCACCUCCAAAAGUGAUCGAUGUGGUUUCUGAAAGAAUGGCUUUUCCUUUGUCACUAAUGCAUGCUCUUGAGUAUUCAUCAAGCCAGUUUGUGCUUAUAGGCGACGCUGCACAUGCUGUACAUCCUUUAGCUGGUCAAGGUGUGAACUUAGGAUUCGGAGAUGCAUCAACCUUGACUAAGGUCAUUUCUGAAGGCAUUUCAAUGGGCACUGACUUUGCUGAUCUUGCUCUGCUGAAAAGGUAUGAGAAGGAACGGAAAGCUGCAAACAUCCCUUGGAUGGCAAUACUUGAUGGUUUUCAAAAGGCCUAUUCUAUUGAUUUUGGACCAAUAAACCUUCUAAGAGCUGCUGCAUUACAUGGCGCUCAGUACAUAGCUCCACUCAAGAGAAAUAUAGUUUCCUAUGCUAUGGGCGAGUGGAAUUGGCCUCGAUUUACUUGAUGCAAAGAAUUAAGUUACUGAAUCGACCUUCAGACCUCUGUUGAAGCUGACUUGCUAGGUGCCCAAAGAGUGAUGCAUGAUUGCUACUUUGCAAUGGAAAACAUAUGAACACUACUCGAGUGAUCCUUGGAUCCUAUGAUAUUUUCUUGCCCUUCCUAAUGAGAAUAAAACUGCCUACAAAAUGGUUGCAGGUUGUCCAAGUUAAAAAAAAAGUCUACAAACUGGUACAAAGUUGUUUAAAUUCAUUUGAGGUUUUGUCUGCCAUGUUAAGAAGAAACUUGGUCCGCAUCUGACUUGUACAGAUCCUGUGACAGCUCUGGAUACGUCAUACGUUUGUGUUUUAUGCUUUUCCUUUUACGCAGUUUGGGUGACAGUUUGUCUUCCUCAUUUAGUUCGUUGAGUGGAAUGAAAGAAUGGAGAAUAAAUUUGUUAUUUGUAGGAAAUUAAAUAAACUAGAAUAGGAUUAGAUUUGGUUUCA